CCCGCGUGGCUUGUCCUGCUCUCGCGAGCUCGGCGCUCUUUCUCUUCCGUCGCGCACGCCGACAAGAUGCCUUCCAGACUAAGGAAGACCCGGAAGCUGAGGGGACACGUUAGCCACGGCCACGGCCGCGUUGGCAAACACAGGAAACAUCCUGGAGGCCGUGGUAAUGCUGGUGGUAUGCACCAUCACAGGAUCAACUUCGAUAAAUAUCACCCUGGUUACUUUGGAAAAGUAGGUAUGAGGCACUAUCACUUGAAGAGAAACCAAAAGUUCUGUCCUACUGUCAAUUUGGAUAAACUAUGGACGCUUGUUAGUGAACAGACAAGGCUCAACUACGCAAAGAACGAGGCUGGACUGGCCCCGGUCAUUGAUGUUGUGCGCUCAGGCUACUACAAAGUCCUGGGCAAGGGGAAGCUGCCCAAGCAGCCUGUAAUUGUGAAAGCAAAAUUCUUCAGUAGAAGAGCAGAGGAGAAGAUCAAGGAAGUUGGUGGUGCCUGUGUGCUUGUGGCAUGAAGGCCUUUGUUUUAUUCAAAAAAAAUUUGAAUAAAGACAAUGUGUAAAAAAUGUGAUUCACAGAA